CGGGGCUCAUACUUUGGGCGACUGAAAUGUCAUACCUCUGGUCAUGGAGGGAAGGACGUCUGCACCAGCAGCAGCUACAUGUGACAGGACAUACUGCUCUAUUUAUAACAGCAGAGCGCAAAGGGCCCAGUCUGACACAUGCAAGGACAGAUGGACAUCAUAGCUGAAACGUCCCUGCAGGAAAAAGCACUGACACCUUCAAACUGGAUGGUUUGUCCGUCUGCAACAGAUUGAAGAGCAUGUUAGGGGUCACAAUGGAUGAUUUAGAUCACAGCAUUCAUAUCGCAGAGUAUGACUGGACCAUUUUCUACGAGGACAGCGAGGAGUGCUGUCUGCUGCAGCCUCUGCUCGCCUGCCCCGAUGACUGGAGCCUCAGCGAUUCAGAGGAGUCAGGAAACGUUCAGCAGAGCCCCGAUGCAGCUGAAACAAACGCUGCAGGAGGACGCAGCAGCGGAGAGCAGAGCUGCACAAGUGCUACGAGAGAGCGAGUGGACGAUGCUGCAGUAACAGCUGAAGAGUCUGAAAUCUGUAUCGAUCGUCCUGGAGGGAAUCCCACCGACACAGAAGUGGUGAAAGCUGCAGAGGACGUCACAGAGGAGACGAGUGACGGCGUUUCAAACAAGCUGCCAAACGUGGAGAGUUCAGGAGAAUCUGAAGAACUGACAAAAGAUGUGCAGGCAGAGAGUAACAUCAAACCCACAGAGGAGCCUGACCCGCUUUCUUUACACCAGACAGGACUGAAUGAGCUGCACACCACACAGACAGGUGUGAGUGUCUGCAGUGUUGCUUUAAAGGCAGAGAAGGAGCGCUGGUUUGUGACAGUGAACGACAGUCCUGCACGACAGCGAGCACGUGCCACGUCUGUGAAAAAAAAACGAAGGCAAAAAAAACCCUGUGAGGGAAGUGGGAUGUGCAGGAGUGAGGAGACCUCACUGGAAAACGGGUUCGAGAUAAAUGAAGAUAGAAAUGAACCUGAGGGAGGUUGGGAUACACAGUCAAAUUCAGGGAAUCAAAUGAUUGAAACAAACGCAGAGAGUGUUUUAGAUUCAUCACUAAUGUUCGUAAUGUCUUGUGAAGAAGAGAACUUGUCAGAAAAGCUGCCCAAAGAAGAAAUCCCAGAGCCACAGAUGGACAGAAGCAAAUACAAAGCAGGCGGCCCAACAUCCACAUCACGAAACACACUGACACAGUUGGAGAGUGUGGAGUCAGACGAGCUGGAGGACAGCGCCGACUUCCUCUCCACUCACAGUUAUGAUUCUGAAAGUUAUUUGUCAGCUGCUGAAUCAGUGGAGGAACCUCAGCAUCCUCUCCGAGAGCAUCUCAUGGAAAACCAACAGUUGCACCGCUCAUUAUCUCCCACAUCUGACAGCCAUCUGUUCAGUCUGACUGAGGGCACUGAUGCCGACCGAACACAGGACGAUGGUACUCCCUCCAGCAACGCAGCAGCUACCGACUGUGAAAGUUAUGAAAGCACCAGCGCCGAGAGUUCCCUCACAUUUCCAUCUGCCGGCCAGAGAGCUGCCGUAGUGCCAGAUGACAUCUCCACGUGUGACGAUGACACACACAGCGUGGUGCUCUGCAGGCCUGCAGACACACCUGAACCCCAGAAUCACAAAACGACUCGUUCAGCAUCUGCUUGCUCUCAGGGCGACCAGCUCGGUCCGCUUCCUGUUCCUGAUUUAACUGUGACGCUUUGCUCUGAGGUCGAAAGCCCUGAAACAUACGCUAAAGCCACGGGCCACACUCGGCCCGUCUACGCCAUUUCUGGCUUUUGGGAUGAAAUGGAAAAGCUGACGAUAAACGACAUCUUGCAGCUCAGGAUGGGCAGAAGUUCACCACCCAGAGAAACACAAGACACGGUGACCCCAAAUGGAGACGACUCUCCGACAAAUCCCGGCUCGCUGGUCGACACAGCGGAGUACAGUUCAUCUGAUAGCACUCUGAUGGACACAUCCGACACUGCGGACUCGGACUACUUCACGCAUUCUGAUGAAUCCAAGCCGGAUCGCUCCAGCUGUGAGUUUUCCACUUCAGAUUUUGAAGAAGAGUACUGGCAGUUCCUCGGCACCAGCAGGAACCCCAGCCCUGAUCCUCAUAGCAAAAAGCAACGCAGGACGAGUGACUCUCCUUUCCUUUCACAUGACGAGGAGUCCACAGGCUCUGAAGGGAGGGAAACUCCUGUGCCUUUAGAGGACUUGGGAGGACAAGGUUUAGACGAUCCGGAGUCCAGCGCUUUGAACAAACUUGAGCUGCCGAGACGGAUGACGAAAAGCAAAAGCAUGCACAACGUCCAAGCGCUCAACGCUUUGAGUGAUGAUGAGAGCAGUCUGUUUCUCAGCAGGUCUCUGGAGGACAACACUGUUUUGAAAGUGAGCAAAAGCCUGGAAGCACUUAUUCCUGCGUCUUUACUGACCAGCACAAACUUACUGGAUACAGAUUACCGAACAUCCACCCCAGAGGCCUUUGAAUACUUUUUCACGGAGGAUAAAACAAGCGUCGAGUCCCGCUGUGUCACCGUCUACGAUCCAGAGGACAUCUCCGUGGCUCCUGUCUUUGACUACACUCUUUGUACCUGCACAGAUGACAUCUCCUCCUCUUCCCUGCAGUGCAGCGAGGAGAAACCCAUCCCCAUCUUCUCUUGUUCUCACCCCACCGUCCGAGAGCUCACAUUCCCAAAACCCGACUUUGUUUUCUUGAGCUCAAACUGCGAGGGAGCGGACGACAUCUCACCGAUCAGGGUCGUGUCUCACUCUUUCAUCCAGCCCGGAUCCAGUUGGAAAAGCUUGAUGUCCAUAAGGAAGAUCCGCUUCCACGACAAAGGCAGCAUCUGGUGCAGGAGGUCCGGGGCCUGGAUGUUCCCGGUCGAGGCGGAGAAGAUCUCGGAUGCAGGGGUGACGGUGCUCAGCGAGGGAAGAAUCUGCCCGACGUCCUCUCAGCUCUUCAGAUUGCUGGAAGAGCAGCAGAGGAUUUUAGACGCGAUACAGACAACAAAACCUGUGGGCAUCUUCUCCACCCUGAAGCAGUCGGACAUGUGUUUAGUCUGCAUUGCUUUUGCCUCCUGGGUGCUGAAAUCCUCUGAUCCAGAGGCUGCUGAUGCCUGGAAAGCAGCUCUUCUAGCAAACGUGAGCGCCUUGUCGGCGAUCCAGUACCUGCGGCAGUACGUCAAGAAGAAGAGUCCUCCUCAAGAUGAGCCCUGAUGUGUGCAAAACCAAACAUUUUCACUUGGAUCCAUCCAUAGAAAUACAUCCACCAUAUAUACUGCAGUUUCAGCGUACACAUUGGAUUCAACAGACGUUGUUCUCAAACUGAAACUAGUCGGACGUUUCUAGUGAAAAUUUUAGGUAAAGCCUGAUAUAUCUCAUUCCCUCUUUGCCAUAAUACUCAGUUGUUGUCCAAUACUACUGUAGAAGUCACAACUGCUAAAAACUAGCAUCUAGUUGUUGUAAUAAAUAGUUAUUUUUUUGAAAAUGAAAGCAUAUAAUAGAGACAGAUACUGAAGAUUUGCCUUCAGUAGGAAUGGACUGAGAGCCAAUGACAGUGCAGAGAAUUCAGAAAGCAUUUACAGACAGAUUUAAACGUUGGUUUAACAUUUGUUGACAAUAAAAAGACUCUCAAGCAGCUUUUAUUCAAAUAACUCACAUUGAUAUAUGGACCACGAUGUACAGAAGCCUGUGUUGUUUUGUGCACACCUGCCAUUCUGUGAAUGCCCUGUUGUGCCUCGAGCUCGGUUUUGUACAGCUGCCGUGAAGCUAAACUCGAAUAGCAGCUUGUAGAUUUUGAACAGAUGCAAAGUGUAUGUGGGACGUCUAUGUGGAGGAUUAAAGUGCGAUGGUAGAUGUUGGGCUUGUAUGUAUGUGCUUGUAAGAAAAGAUUAAGUAGGUGACCGCUGCAGUCGUGUGCGAUGGAAAAGCUUCGUCCAGAACAGUGGCUCUCAGCCUUUCUUGCUUUAAAAGUCACGUCUACUUUUGACCCCUGAUCUGUGUAAGCUUUAAGCAGUUCAGAGGGAUUUUCCUCUUCUCAUGGGAAUAAUUCCUCUCAGCCUGAAUGGGUAAAACCACAGUAUUAAAGAGUACAGUAACGAGAAAACACAGAUUAGAGACUAAUCUGAAAAAUGAGGAGAAUUUAGUCGCAGAUUUUUUUUCCUUUUUCUUGCUCCCUACUUCAAUAAUCAACUCACAACCCCAUAGAUUAACCUCAGGACCUCUUGUAGGGGAUCAUACAGCCUCUAUCGAAGUAAAGGAUUUUGUCAUUACCAUCCAAAGCGCCAUAUCUGUUUGUUGUUACGGUCUCAGAUGCUUUUCAGUAGACGGUGUGUUGUUGCCGCCAUUUAAUGACUGUGCACAGAUCGAACACAUCAUAUUUCUUGUCAAACAAGACUGGAUACAUGUGAUUUAAUGCAAUAAAAUCCAUGAAUGCGUGA